AUGUCUCUCCACACCUCCUACCACGACGCAGACUCCGAUGCGGAUGACGAAUAUGAGCGCAGCGUGAUUACAUCCCCGCACCUUCAAACAGAUUCCGAGGCCUCUCCUAUUGAUUCCGACAUCCCUUCCUCCGAACACACACCGACCAAAUUCGGCCACCCCAGCGAUGUCCCGCGCACUCCCCGCGCAAUCAUCUCCGACUGGACCGCAGAUGAAUGUUCGGAAUUCCUGACAUCUUUAGGAUUAUUGCAGUACUGUGGAACUUUUCGAGAAAAUGGAAUUGUAGGGGAGGCUCUCGUCGCAUUGAGACACGAUGAAUUGAAAGAAAUGGGAAUCAACAGUGUGGGCCACCGGUUGACCAUUCUUAAGAGCGUCUACGAAAUCAAAAUUAGACAGAAUGUUCCUCUUGAUGUUGACCACUACAUCCCACUCUCCGCGGAUCAGAGCAUGAAUGAAAACGCGACACAGGAUGAUAUUGCCCGUUUAAUUCAGUCUAUCCAGAUCCGAGACCAGAAGAUCUAUUCAGUCGAGGGAGAAUUGCGUCGACUGGCCGACGAAUACCGGCGGUUACGAGAAGAGAUCCUACCCAUGAUCAAGAUGGCCAAAGACCGAUCGCAACCAUUACCACCUCCUUCCACAAUGGAACCUCCCAGAGAAAAUCAUCAUGAUAGCGCCACUCUUGUUUCACCCUCGCAAAUCACCCUCACAGAUAAUCACUCUUCAUCGAAACUCGCCCGUGCCUUCUCCAAGCGCGCCUAUGGCGGUGCCACUCCUAAAAACAAUUCGCCAACAUACAUCCCACCUUCCGUUUAUGAAGGUAGGCACUAUCAUGAUGGAAACCUGGAUCCGUCCUCGGCAGCUCUGGCUGCCUCUUCCCACUUGACCGCUUCAAUGAAUAGUGGUUUACAGCAUUCCCCAGGCGUCCCAUCACCAACCUCCCCGAACGCGCAUACCACCCAACAUCAAACUCUCAACUCUCGAUCCUACUCCCAACCUAGCUCCACUGCCAGUCGCAUGAUGCAUGACCAUCCCGAGGAUACUCCAAGAGCCGCAUCUCGACUAGACCGACACACACCCAGUCAGCUUCCUACCGCUCGUACGGAAACCCCCUCCUCUGCAUCCCGAGUUGAUCCUCGAUCUGGUGCCGGUGCUGGUGCCGGUCCUGCCAGUGUCGAAAUAUUCAAAUCAUUCCGUGUCUCAUGGGACGAUCCCUGCUAUAAGGUUCUCCCUGCUGCAUUGAGGAAAUACAAUAUUCAUCAUGACCCGAAGGAUUAUGCGCUUUACAUCGUCUACGGUGACCAGGAACGAUGUUUAGGCUUGGAUGAGAAACCACUCUUACUUUUCAAGCAACUGGAGAGAGAGGGCCGGAAGCCGAUGUUUAUGUUGCGAAAAAUCCACCCUGACAAUCCUUACACUGCGGCUCCCAGUUCGGCUCCUAACAGUGCUGGGUUUGAAGGUGGGAGACCGGGGCAAAUCAAUUUACCAGGUGGGGUUCUGUAA